CUUCUCAUUACCAAAUAUAUUUCAUUUGAGUAUAUCUAUUAUAGUUUACUACUCAACUAAGAUGGACUCGAAGAGGAAGAUAGCAUUACUUAUUUCAGGCCUUCUGGCCAUGCUCAUUUUAAUCUCCUCAGAUGUGGCAGCCAGAGAAUUGAAAGAGGUCACUGGUGCUGGCUUGUCUGGUGGUCGUGGGGUCAACUAUGGUGGCUUUGGUGGUGGCUCCCCUGGCUUUGGUGGUGGCUUCCCUGGCUUUGGUGUUGGUAGCUUCCCUGGCUUUGGUGGUGGCGGCGGCUUCCCUGGCUUUGGUGGUGGCGGCGGCUUCCCUGGCUUUGGUGGCGGCGGCUUCCCUGGCUUUGGUGGCGGCGGCUUCCCUGGCUUUGGUGGUGGCGGCGGCUUCCCUGGCUUUGGUGGCGGCGGCUUCCCUGGCUUUGGUGGCGGCGGCUUCCCUGGCUUUGGUGGCGGUGGCUUCAACAACCCUGGCUUGGGCGGUGGCUUCAACAACCCUGGCUUGGGCGGUGGCUUCAACAACCCUGGCUUUGGUGGUGUUGGUGGUGGCAUCUGAGGAGGAGGAUAGCCGUAAAGGCAAGCUGUUGUGAGUUGCAGUGAGAGAUGUUGCUUUAUUAAUGGGCUGAUGCCCUAGCUAUCAGAGGAUACAUAACGUACUUAUCAUAAUAACAUAUUUCAUGAAUAAAAUCCGGUACGUGUUAUGAGAGGCACAUAUGGAUAGACAGCAAGUCCUGUCUUUUCUUCUGACCUUUCUUACCGCCAGGGAUACUACUAGAAUUACUGUUGGAUAUAUAUUUUGUCGUUCGUUGCGCUUAAUUGCCUCAUUAAGAUUAAGAGUAAACUCAAUUAUCUACUGUAAAAUAAUUUGUCACAUAAUAAAUCUUGCCUAUUACUUCUAA